AGUAGACAGAACAUCGUCUUGCAGUGCACUUUGUGUCUCAGUCCUACAGGUCUCCCGUAAACACAGCACAGUUCUUUCUGCUGGACGCCCACUGGACUGAUUUUCUUGAUUCCUUUGUUUCACUGCCAAAAGCUUUACAAGAUGUCGACCACCGAGACCUAUGAUUAUGAUUCCGAACUUCAAAGAAAUGUAACAGUACCACCAGCAGCAACAACAACAGUAAACAUAACACUAUUACAACAGGAUCUACAGUAUAAACAUCAAGUCAGGUUGAUGUACCUUGCAACAUACUGUAUCGUUGUGAUCAUGGGCGUGACCCUUAACUUCACCAUCAUGCUCAUUUGCUGCAGGAAAUACAAGAGUUUCCAAAAGGUUGUCAUUUGGAUUUUGGCCUUGGCUGUAACACACCUGAUCUCUUGUGUGUCUGUUGUGUUUCAAUUCCUCUACGCUUUUAAUGACUUUGAAUGGAAAUAUGGAGCUGUCAGUUGCAAGCUGUCAUCCUACAUCAUCUAUAGCAGUAUGUUCUCCACAGCAACCAUGUUGAGCCUUUGGAGCGUUAGCUCUGCUAUUUCUAAAAGCCCGUGCACAAAGUGGUGCAAGAACCUUAACAUUAUUCUGAUUUCAUUCUCCUGGAGUUUUGCAGCCGUCUUGGCAAUGCCGUCCCUGUUUUCAAGAGAGAUUCAGAAAGAUCAGUGUAUUGAUGACUUUGGCUUUGAACAUGAUUCAAAACCAACUGCAGACAGCAUUACAAAGCUAAAGGCUGUCGUCAUAUCACGAUUUCUGUUUGGGCUUCUUAUCCCAGCUUUUGUAAUGUUUGUCAGUUGUUUGUGUCAUGUAUCCAAUUCAUAUCACCACUGUGAUCACUGUAAGAAGCAGACACAGAUCAUCUGUGCGGUUAAGGUUGCCUACUUUGUGUCCUGGAGCCCGCAAAUCUUUCUAACCCUGAUUCAAGGAACUUCAGGCAGUCUGAACCCACGUGUGCUUGAAUAUGGACUUCCAGCAGCAACGGCACUGGCUACAACCCACUGCUUCACCUGUCCGCUCAUCUACAUUUUAGUUGGGUGUAGCAAUAAAAUGCAAUGGAUUGAGCACGACCCGGAUCACACUGAAAUUACAACAGACGAGGCUGAUUCCAUGCCUUUACAGAGGAAUAAUCAUGCAUGAAAACGGGUCAGGGGUGAAAAAGGUGAGAAGGGUGUUCGAGGGGCGACAUGGCCUCUGAUGGGGCCAUGAGGUGGGGGUACUCCCCCAAAUAAUAUGGCCUCAUUAGGGGACAAGCUGUAACUUAACUUGUUUAUUCUUCAGGCAUGUGAUUGGCCAAGGACAAAAAAAGAAGGAAGGAACCCAACACCAUAACUUAAGCAAAAAAUACAUUAUGACCAUUAUUUCAAUUAUUUAUUUCUGACGGACAAUUAAGAUUGUACAUUUCAAAUGUAAACAUUUGACUAGUAACAGAAACCAUGUUUAAUUAAAUGGCUUGAUAAAUGUGGAAAGCUGUAACAAGUAGCAUUCCCUUACUAUUUUACAUCUGCAAUAAUUUUAUUUUGCCAUAAUCUGACCAUUAGUUGCAAGGCCGUACAAUUUUAAGUUGGCCUUGGAAUAGGGUGGACCUGAAGGCCUAUGUGUAAUUUAAAAUUACUUCAUUUUACAAUAUAGCAAUGGUUAAAUGAAUUACAUUAUUGUUUUUGAGUCAUGGGUUGAAUAAUUUUCAGAUCAGCAAAAAAGUGAUGUGGGUAAAUAAAAUAAAAACAAAUCAAGAAAGGACAAGCAUAUAAAAUAGAAAAGAACAAAGUACAAAUAAAGUAAGAUCUAACAGUAUUGAUUAGGCAGAGAAACAGUAUCAAAUUAAUAUAACACUGUUUUCAUUCUAUAAAUUGAAUAUAAUUGAUCUUUUUAAAGCUAUAAAGGUGAUUUUCCUUUUGUCUUCUGUAGUUUGACUAACAUAAUGACUCAAACAUAAGCAUGUCCCUUUAACACCAGUGGAGAAGCGCUGAUCUAUACACUGACACAUAGAUUAAAAGUUCACUUUAGCAUCUUUGUCGCUCAAAUAGUCUUAAAGCGCUUAAAUGUUACUGUAAACGAUAAACUUUCUUAUUAACAAUAUUAGUAGCUAGCAGUAUGUUUUUAUUAACAGCAUUUGAUGCAAUAUUUUGCAGUUUUACCAUAUUUACAUUUGCGUAUUUACAGAUGUAGGCUAGUAACGUUAGACCAAUGUGACUUACAAGCGAGGAGUAUGUCCAUCAUUCGUUCCAAUCCAUUCCAAUAAAAAAAUCUUUCAGGUCACUUUGCAAUGUCAGUCUGUGCAUAUAUGUUGUUUUAAUUGAUUGACGCCUCAAAAUUCUACAGUUAUAGUUUUACGGCGUUUUGUGUCUUACACUUGACUUUUCGUCCCGAAGGCAGUUGCUGUACGCAUCUUCAACAAGCAUGUGAAGCAUAGACUGUAAAAAAUAUGGACGACGCGCCGUCGCCUCCCACUAUUGUAAUGAAUUGAAGCCAAAAAUGUCCGACCACGGUCGGCGCCAUGUUACGUAACAAUGUCAGUUUGAAGCCAGGGCAUGCGUAUAAGGAAUCGUCCGUGGAGCCAGAGGCGGAGCCGCGGUAUUAAACUUCCGCCCAAACGCUCGCGGGACCAAUUCAACCACGCCAAUCAUAACGACACGCCCCGUUUCUAGCAUCAAAUUACAAGCUAAAAUGAAGCUUACCACAAUAAUGAACACUUGAACAUAUAUCAAAGGACCAAAAUCAUCUUUCGGAAAUUUUUAUUGGAAGUGUAAAUAUUUUUUUUAUUAGUCCCAUUCGUUUGAAUGGAGAGGGCGGGGUUUAUGACUUGUACUGCAGCCAGCCGCCAGGGGGCGAUCAAAGAGCCAGAGGCUUCACUUUUCAAGGCUUAUGAGGCACACCCGAUGUGAAGCAUUUGACGAAAAAGACAGAAAGACGGAUGACAUCACAGUAGCGCGAAAGCCGUUCGAAAGCAGACUUUCCUAUGACUUCUCGAUUCACUCUCGUUGGUACUUUGAUGUCACCUGCCUGUCGGUUUUUGCAGCGCGGCAUAAACUUAAACAAAUCUAAUGUCUGGGAUACAUGUUUGAUGAGGGCGAAGGGCGCGUCAACAAACAACGCGUGCAUACCCUCCAACCUUCCAAAAUUUCUUAUCUAAUCUACACGAUUCAUGUGGGUCACCUGUUUUGGCGUCGUCGAAUUUUGCUGAAAGGUGAGGGAUUUUCAUGCCUGAAUAAGUAAAUGCUUUGUAGAUACAGUAUAUGUCAGGGUUUGGCAUAGAAGCAUCAAGAUAGAAGUGUCAUUUGAUAUUUUGUACAUAAAGUCAUAUAAAUUGUGUGUUUGUAUUUCAUGUAGAUGUUUAAAACUGUAAGCCUACAGUUUUUUUAUUUGGAAAACUUUUACUUAACUAAAUUCUAAAACUUUUUACUUUCAUUCAUAUUGAAUUUCAUUUAAUACUUAAAGGUGCAGUGUGCAAUUUUUUAGAAGGAUCUCUUGACAGAAAUGCAAAAUAAUAUACAAAACUAUAUUAUCAGAGGUGUAUAAAGACCAUUCAUAAUGAACUGUUAUGUUUUUAUUACCUUAAAAUGAGACAUUUUAUCUACAUACUAAGGGUCUCCUUACAUGGAAGUCACCAUUUUGUGCCACCAAGAAGCCCUUAACUGACAAACCUUUUUACUAAGUUGUCUCCGAAGAUGACAUGUUUGUCCGGUGGCCGCUGCUGUAGCUUUUCUACGUGUUUCAAAAGCGAGGGGUGAGCAGUGGACUGAGCCAUUGGUUGCAGUUUGCAACCUCACCACUAGAUGCAGCUAAAAUUUACACACUGCACCUUUAAUGUACUGGAGUAAAAAGUGUGAUGUUAUAUCCAAAGUAGUAUGCUUUGUAAUGUAGUGAAUAUUUUUUAGUAAAAAAAAACACUCUGAAAAAGUAAAGAUAUUUGUAAAUAUAUUUAAGAAGAUUGGGAAUACUUCACUACUGUCCACCACUGACUCUUAUAGAUGAUGAAGUAAUAUAACCUGUACAAUGGUGCUUUUUUGGUGUCAUAAUCAUUUAUUUUUAUAUGUUUGUAAUGUCUAUAAAAAGAGUUUUAUUUGUCACAUACCCAGUUAUAUGCAUGUACAACCUAUAGCGAAAUGUCAUUUGGUAUGCUAAAAUUGUACUAUACAUGAUUACAUUACUUAACAAUAUUACAUUUUUACUAACUAAAACCCGUAUUAAACAAACAGUA